CAAUCUGACCUGGAAUUUCGUACUGAAAUUUCAGCCCAUUGGCCUGGGCGCUUUGAGAUAAUAUGCAUGAGUACACUAUCGAUGAUGAGAUCCAUAUUCCUAUCUUCUUCCUUCCGGAUUUCUACAUGAUGCACUGGUGGAACUUAAUCUGCGGCCUGUGCAUUUUAUCACCCAUUACCCAUAGUUGCAUGAGUCAAUCAGUUAUAAGAUUGACCACCCCUUCCAAGUCUUAAUUAGUUCUCCUGAAGAUUAGUUGCCUGCAUGUAGUACGUGCAAGCUUAACAAACAGCUAAUAGAUAGAUGGAUUUCAAAAGCAGGACCUCUCCAUAGGCAUAUAUACGAGAUUCCCUCUAGCUAGGUCAACACUUAGAAAAUCGAUCGGAUUAUUCCAGUCGCGUGUUUGGGUCCAUGUUGAUUAGAACCAACACGGCUCCACGCGUGCAUUAUCUAAUCUCAUCUCCUCUUGGAUACCAACCAAAAUAUGCUUUUGAACAAACCAAUGGCGCCAAUACCAAGCAUGCUAGCUAGGAGCUUUCAUUUGUUUUUUCUAGAAAAAUCCAAAAUGCUCUUUGUACAAUGUUAAAGAUGGCUGCUAGAUCACACUGGUCUGUUCCAAACACUUCCUGAUCUUACUUGCACUGGAUAUUCCAACCCCAUGCAUGAAGGACACCCUGCUAGCUAGUGCAUAGAAAGAAACACUACCCUUUUGUAGCUCUAUAAAAGGAAGCCACCCCUCUGCUAGCAAACCAUCCAGGUUUCCUCUUUGGCACAACACAAGGCAGCAACAACUAGCUACUAGCUACUCAAAGGCUCCAUCACAUUUCAAAGUCCUCUUCAAACUUCAAAGCAAAGCAGGCUUAGAGAUCCGUGCACGUACACACAUAAUCCAUUAGAAGAACUUAUUUUAGAAGGCAGAUGGAUCGCGUGAUGAAGCUGGCGUCGGAGAGAGCGGUGGUGAUCUUCACCCUGAGCUCCUGCUGCAUGUGCCACACCGUGGCGCGGCUCUUCUGCGACCUGGGUGUCAAUGCACUGGUGCACGAGCUCGACCAAGACCCUAGGGGAAAGGAGAUGGAGAGAGCUCUCCUCAAGAUGCUCGGGAAAGGCCCGUCUGUUCCAGUGGUGUUCAUCGGCGGGAAGCUUGUCGGCGGGACAAACAGGGUCAUGUCCAUGCAUCUCAGCGGCGAGCUUGUCCCAAUGCUGAGGAAUGCAGGUGCCCUCUGGCUAUAGAGGAAUGCAGGUGCCACUUGGGAAAAUAAAAUUUUGUCAAAGAGUGUCAAGUAUAUGCAUUUUCUUAGAAUAACUUAACUAAUGGCCUGGUUAGCGUCGAUCGAACAGGUUUUUUCAAUCCUGUUCCGACAAUAGCAAGGCUUAUAGCUCGCUAGGAGCGAGUUUUAUGUACGAGCGACGUUCGUGUUGUAAUCCCAGCGCUAUUUGUGCAGGUGUACAAUCUUUUCUCAAAGAACCUGCACAACCUUUUCUCAAAGAACUAGUUGAUAAAUAAAUGUAUAAACAGUUCAUUAUCAAAUGAUAUGUGCACAUCUCUAACCUAAAAAUUGUGUAUGGUUGCAUUGCGUAUUGUCAUCGUCUCCUGUUUGUUUUACUAUAAUAAUUAUUAUUUUCUGUCACCUAUGCAUCGGCACCUCCCGU